AUGCUAGCCGAAGAAACAUUUGAUGAAGAAGCCUUUAGAAAUGAAUGCGAGCAGUGUGACGUUUAUCGAAAAAAAUGGCUAACAGUUAAGAUGAAAUUAACGGAUUUGGGUUGUAGGAAUGAGAUUAUUAAAGAUGGAAACAAAAAACAUAAUCUCAAUUUACCCAAAUUAGAGAUAAGGAAAUUUGACGACAACCCGAAGAAAUGGUUAUCGUUUUGGAGUCAAUAUAAAAAAAUACACGAAGAUCAAACAAUUGAUGCUGAAACUAAGUUUCAAUAUUUGACGCAAGCAAUGACCCAUGAGAGCAAAGCAAGAUGCUUCGUUAAUAGUUACCCACCGACCGAGGAAAACUAUGCAAAAGUGAUACACACUUUAAAGGAGCGUUAUGGUAAAGACGAUAUGCUAAUUAAAAUAUAUGUGCGUGAAUUGUUAAAGUUAGUGAAUACAAAUAGCAAAAUGUUAUUAAGUGAUUUUUAUGAUAAGAUUACAACUAAUUUACAAAUAUUAGAAUCUUUACGAAUUAAUCACGAAAAGUAUGAAUGUAUUUUACUUCCUUUAGUUGAAACAGCAUUACCAGAGAGUACUUUAUUGUUGUGGAAUAAGGUACCGUGUACACAGGGGGGUGCAAAGCUUAGUGAUUUGUUAAAGUUCUUACAAACAGAAGUAGAAGCUGAGCGACGUGCAGAUCUAACAAGAUAUUACAACAUAGAUGACUCACCAACUAGCGAAGCUUUCCCAACAGCAGCGUACCUAUUGUCGAAAGCGCAGGUGCCAAUUAAUGUAAAGGUGAAUCAACAAGUAAAAGAGAGUUGUGAGUCGAAGACCGAAGUUUUAAAUAACUAUUCUAGCAUUAAUACUUCAAUCCUGCUUCAAACGUUGAUUGCUAAAGUUCCAGUAGGUAAUCAAGAGAGAAAAGUGAGAGUACUGCUUGACUCCGGUUCACAGAGAUCUUACAUAAAAGUUGACGUGGCUAAAGAACUCGGACUGCAGGUAACAGGAAGUGAAUGCCUUACACAUUCGUUAUUUGGAGAAAUUCAUAAGGCGGCACAGAUACAUCAAGUUUAUGAAUUUCAAAUAAGCAGUAAACUUGUAGCUAUCAAAACAAACAUCGGAUGGAUGAUACAAGGACGGAUUCAAACUCCUACUCUAAGUGACAACGAAGUUAAACCUGAUGUAAAUUCCCUAGAGUAUAUGAAACAGAAUAUUGAAACGUUAGGUAUUAAGGAUCCGUAUAUAGAAAGAACUAUUAAACGACAUUCAAGGAAGUUUCAAUGGCACCGAGUCACAAUCGCAGAAAAUGACAGGGUAAAGAAUAUAGAAUUGACACUCCGAGCGACCCAACUGUUCGGUUGCGAUAACAUCCGAGCGUCCUGGUUGCUCCCGUCGCGAGUGAACGUCCCGAAUGUACCACCUCUACUUGCGCCGGCGCAUUCCCAUGCGGCCACUAUAAAGAUACCUCUACCUAGCCUGCCCAAUGAAUACCCUGCCACUGAUGUAUUUGUGUUGAAUGCUGCGAACGACGAAUGGCAAGCUCAGAGCCUGAUGACCAGAUGGUGUGCGACCCGACACCCGGGCCUGAGGCCUGCGAGCGUGUGGCUCGGGAUCGUGCCGCCCGGCGCACACAUGAACGCCGACCUACAGAUACACAACGACACCCACCAGCAUACAUAUUGGUGGGGCUCCGUGUGGCGGUGGUGGGGCGAGAGGGAGCCCAGCGCGCAGUGCGCGGGGCGGGCGGCGUGCGCGCGCUGCCGCCAGCGCCGCUGCUCCUGCGCGCUGCUGCGGCCCGCGCGCGGCGCGCUGCACCACCGCCAGCGCACCGGUCUGCUCUACGACGUUAAUGCUCCCGAAUGGAUUCUUAAAAAUAAAUAAUAUUGUUACUCAAGGUCGUUUCAAUAGGGUCUAUCGAUAAUGAAAUGAAAAUAUCUUUAUUCAAGUUAAGGCUAUUUUACAAGCACUUUUGAAUCGUCCUAAAAUUUUUUCCCCUACCACUUGUUCAGGACGUCUUUUAGCUGACAAGAAGAACAAGCGAAAGAAACUUUCCAGCUCUUUAUCAUAAGUAAUGACAUUUACAUAAAUCAUGUCAUUACCAAAAUAAUAUUUAUUAUCAGUUAUCACAAUAAUAAAUACAACUUUCAAAGUCUGUAGGACAUAGGUUGAACAUAUAAUUAGUCUUUAUAGAACAAGGCGAAGGCUAUUAAUUCCAUGCAUUGCGAUUCUUAAAAUAAUCAUCAACGAUAUGAUUACAACACCGGGGAUUUUAUUACAUUUUCAUUAAUAGUAUUUUUCAAUAUAGCAUUAUGAAUGCGAAGUUGAUCAAAUAUAAUAGUAUUAGUUGUUUCACAGAGCGACGGUUGUGUAGCGACACUGCUGCAAGUGCGUCGCACCGCGGGGGACGUGGGGCGGGUGCCGGGCGCGGCGGGGACGGACGCGCGGGCCGCGCUCGUGGCAUACAGGGUGCUGGCGCCGCGCCUCGUGCUGCGCGCCCUGCCGUGCCACGGGGACAAAGUGCCGGGGGAAUGUGAGAACGGACAACACUAUCUUAUGCUCUGUAUACACUCUACUGAAGAUGUGAUGUUGGGUGUUAUUGGGUUACAAUCAAACAAACUAUAA